UAAAAAUUAUUUCAACAUAAUAGUCGUUCUUUAUAUGAAAUGUCACCACUUCCGGCUAUUGGGCCGCUUGCGUCAGCUUUAGGAGUUGGAGUCACGUGCUCACCUGGGUUGAAUUCGCGAGGUGUAGUGGUAACAACAAAAACUUCGUUAAAUCAGCCUUGGGCAUCAGUUGUUAGCGGGCAAAAAACAACUACCUUAAAUUCAGUUCAGAAUAUCACAUCAUCGGUUUCAUCCACACUAUUAAAUCAUUCUUCUUUUUCUAGUAAUAACGACGAUACCUUCAAUACAUCUCUUGCAGCUCCCUCCUAUGACAAGCAAUCCUCUGUAUGUACUUCAAAUCGUCAAAAAAACAUACCAUCGUCGUCCAUUGACGCAACUUCCACAAAGUCUCAACUUGCUGAUUCGCAUAGCUACAAUAAAUUUUCUACUGCUGCGACAAGUUUAAAAUUAUCAAAUUUGUCAAAUGUUACUAAAAAUUUGGCUACUCCACGAAAGACACAAUUUCCUUCUCAAAGCUCCGCAAAUGAAUCGUGGGCUAAGCAAAGUGACCGAUUUUCAUCAUGUUUAAAUACCCUUUCUCACGAUGUUGAUUUAAGUUCAAUUGAUUAUAAAGAUUUUAAUAAGAAUCAAGCCAAAUUAACGGAUUCGCAUGUUUCGUCAACAAACACUACGUCAAGUAUAACUCCACCCGUAUCACGCACAAUGUUACAAAAUCAAUCGCCAACUCCCAUGUCUACUAGUGUAACCUCUAGUGCUAAUAUAACAGAGCCUUUUUAUAAAAAAGCAGAGUCGAGUGAUGCGUUUCCUGCUCCUGAAGCUAUUUUAACCUCACAAUUUCAAAAAAGAUGGGCAGAUGAAGUCAGUGAUAAAGAUGACGACGAUGAACUUGAGAAAGCAACAGAAUUACAACAAAUGAGGAGUCAAACGAACGGAGGGCAAGAAACAGCGAAACGAUGUACUGAAAGAACAAAACAAGUUCCUUUAGCAAAUUCAAACGACACAUAUUUGAUACGCCAUAGCAUUCAUACAAAGAGUCAUUCGCGAGAUUUACUAUAUCAUGAUUCAAGAAAUUUUUAUGACCAUAAAAAUGUGUCUUCGCAACAUUAUCAGAAACCGCAUGGAGUCCAUUACGGGUAUAGAAAUGAUUAUUUCAUGAAGCGUCAAUCGUUGUCGUUACAAAAUACUAACGACGAUAUAAUACGACAGCCACAUCCCGAAAAACGUUUAUGGUCGUCUGGAAUGGAGCCAACAAAUAAUAAAAUACAGAGUUAUACAAGACGGCAUUCGCGAUCACAAAUAGAUACAUUAAAUUCUAACCAGGCUAUGUCUUGGGACAGGGAGACUCUUUCAAAAAAUUCAUUGGGUCCAAAAAAAACAUUUGGAGCAAAUUCAAGCAUUUCGUAUUCUAAGUACAAUGAAAAUGCUCAGAAAAAACCGUCUCACGAAAAAAUACAGUCUCGAUGUACUUUGGAUGUCAAUGAAUCCAAUGCUCGUUGUCGUCAAGUAAAUUUAAAAAGCACAUCUUCAUCUGUUCACGAUGACCCAAUAACGUUAAAGACAAACGUUCAAACAAAAGAAGGCAGGCCUAAUACAAAUGUGUGGUCUAGUAGUGACUCAGUUAAAACCCAAAAUUUAGAAUUGAACGUUCCACCAAAAACUGAAAAAAAUGUUGUAACCACCGAUCGUGAUUAUAAUAUACUGAAGGAUCGAAACCAAUCGAUACCACAUGAUAAUUUAAGAAAUAAUGGCAGAACAGCUGUCAAAGAAGAGAAUUAUCACUGUUUUUCUGAGGGUAUGACCGAAGCAUUUCCUAGUCAAGCAAACCAAGUAUCUGUCCUGACGACAACUUUACAGAAUGCAUCUAAAAACAAACAAUCUCCUCUUAUAUGUAAUAACAAGACGUUCAAUUCCAGUGCAAGAAGUUGUCGAAUACAGCAAGACUCAGAUGCCAUUGAUGCUUCCACACAGCUCAAUCAAGUGUUACCAUAUCAAAGGCUUGUUUAUUCAGAUCCAGCGAAAAUAUCACUCAACAUGACUCCAACAUUUGUGUCGUAUAAGUCGUAUCACCCAAAUGCUUCAACAACAUGGCAUUCAGAAAGCGAUCCACAGAGCUUAAACAGACAACAUGCAGAGCGUUCAAAUUCGUUUCAUUUAAAUUCCAGUAGUUCUGUUGAGAACGUUGUCCCUGUUUUAAAUCAUUCUUCUAAAGUGCAUUCGUGCUAUGUUCCAGUAAUUUCGAAUAAUGUUUUAAGUGUGAACUCUUCAGUAGAACCACAUAGAUUACCACUUUUACAAAAAUUACAUUUACCUGAGACAGCAUCACAUUCAACACAUUCCUCUCUCGUCCAAAAGUCUUUCGAUUCGUUACCAACUUAUCAUGAAACUAUGCCUGCAACACAACCAUUUUUAAGAAAACAUUGUGAAUCUUUUGUAGUCGAAGAAAACAAUACUCAAAACUUUCAUAAAAAAACGCUUAAUAAACAGGAUUGUGGUCAAUGUUGUAAUGGGACCAUAUCUCCCUAUGAAGCCUCACACUGUGGGCAUUUGAGUGACAGUAACAACUAUUCAACUGCAGUUGCUGGUCGUAAUAAUUUAAUGGUCAUGAUGACACCUGCAGCGACAAGAUCAGUCAACAAUGAAAAAGUGGCACCCUAUAAUCCUUCAUAUUCAUCUCCUUCUUCUAUGCAUACUUCUGGUGUUCAAGGUUCCUAUUUUUAUUUUUCACAAGGUCCAAGAUUACAACCUCUCGAUAUGUAUUCAUCCAAUAUCGCAAGGCCUCUUACUGUCUGCGGUCCGUCUUCGUCCCCUACGCAAACGAUUCAUGUUACGAAUAAUUCUUCUAUAAAAACUUCUUCUGAUCAACAUAUGUCUCAUUUAAUACAAACAGGAUAUUUUCAUGGAAUUCCUGUUUACGAUGCACCAUCUAGUAUAGAUCACUGUAGUACAAAGGAAAAUCAAAUUGGAAAUAAAAACAAUAAAACAAUUGUGACAUCAGCCUCACAUGCUGAAUUCAUUCACUGUUAUAAGCCUUGUACGAAUCAACAGCCAACCUCAAAUGUUUCUUUUUAUAAUAGUACACACCAAAUACCAUCCUAUACUCAGCAUGAUUCUAGAAGAUAUCCUAUAAGCGUUUCUACCAAUAAUUCUCACGUCAGCCAAACAAGUACGGAUGCUUUACCACAUGAUCUAUCGUCUCAAUCUGUUUUACCAAAACAUUAUUACUCUCAGUCUGUAAACACGCGGAAAUCUAGCAACACUUCACAGGCAAAGAAUUACAAAUCUAAUAAAAAUUUUAUAAUCACAUCAUUAGACAAACAACAAAAGUCAAAUUGUGCAUUAUCCCGUUAUAACACUCCUAUACAUAUCUCUCAAAAUUCGUGUACAUUACCAGAAAUUAUUGACAACGUAAAUGAUUUUUCUAUUCCGUUAAUUUAUUCUAGGACAUCAACAAAACCAUCUGUUGUACGUGGACAUAAUGCAGCUCAUGAACAGCAUGAAAAUGAUCAAUUUACGCAAAAUUAUUUUGAUAAAUCCCUCUCAAACAAACUAGACACACCCCAAAAUGUUUGUGAAAUAACAUUGUUGAAUGAAGAAACUAAUAUAUGUAAAAAUCAACUAAAGGGUAGAGCUUCACCAAUACACACUCAGCUAAACAAUCACGGAAAAAAAAGUUAUGUCAAAGAGUCUCAAAAUAAUAAUCCAGAAUUAUUUCAAUCCCAUUCCAAUAAAGUACCUUCAAUAGAAAAGAGAAAAGACACAAAUACCAACAAUGUGUUGUUAAAUUUAGAAACUCAGAUUACGACAGUAAAACAUAAAAGAAGUAGCAAACAUAAUUUAAAUUAUAGGAAAAACCAUUCUCAGUUGAUAAAGCAAACUGAUGUAACCAGUGACACAAAAGAAUUACUUUCUGUUGUUCAACAUAAUAAUUUUAAUGAAGGCCAAUCACAGAUUUUAAAAUCCGCUCUUCAUCAUGUUACAAAGGAAGCUAAUAAAACGGAUCCUCAGUCGAAUCAUCUAGUGAAAACAGAUGUUGUUAUUGAAAGUGCCUCUGAUAAAGACAAGCAUACUGUUUUAGGUCAAAAUGUUGCACAACAUAAGGGAAAGGAAGAGGUACGCAAGAAUGACCAGUCGAAUGUCGAGAACAUCAAACAACCUCACAACAAACAUAAUUUACGACAAAUACGUCGUGACGCAUGUCGACAUUUUCUUCAAGGAAGAUGUAACUUCAUCAAUUGUAAUUUUUUACACAGUAAUCAAAUCAAUCAAUGCGAAAUGGAAAAAAAAAAAAACUCGAAGGAAUACAAUCAAAAAAAUAACAAAACCAAUUUAAACAAACGGUUUAAAGAUGAAGAAAUUCCGAACUCCAAUUUUGAAAAUGAAUCACAGGAUAACUCUAAGAUUACGUUUCAAGAAAAGAACAAGAAUGAAAUAACGAACGCUGUAAGAAUAUCAAGUGAAAAUAAAGCUUUGACAUCCUCCUCAACAUUAACAAAAGAUUCUAAAAUAAAAAACUCUGGCCAAGAAAAUGAGAAUUCACCAACAAAAAAUAAUCCUACUUCUCAAGAAAAAAUUAUUAAUAACAAUCAUUUAAAAAAUCGCUUUUUAAAACUUUCUUCUAAAGAAAACCAGGAUGAAUCUCAAAGUAAUCCAAAACAAACAAAAUUUAAAAAAGGAGGGUGGUACAAAUCGCAUCGUCAAAAUAAUAAUUUCAAAAAUUAUACGAAAACUUCAUUAAAAGAAUCCGGUAAUCAUGAAAGCAAUUUCGAACAUAAGCCUAAGGACAGUCAUUCACAAAAGGAUUUCGAACCGAAAAAAAAUGUUUUUUUUAAAAAUAAAAAAACUGGGUUUAAUGCUACUGAGAGAUCAAAUUGCUCAAAUGCAUGUCAAAAAAAUGAAUCCUCUCACAAUAGUGACAUUUCUAAAAAGGCACAAAUUACGACUAUAGUUGCUCAGACUGACAACGAAAAGAAUAUUUCUAAUAAAGAUGAAGAUAAAACUCAAAAAAGACAUUUAAUGUCUUCCUUAGCGAAAAAAAUUAUUACUGAUACUCUUAAGGCAACUGAUGCAAAACCAGAUAAUCAUAUACCUUUAAAUUCGGCAACAAGAACCACUAUAACAACGGAUCGAACGAACACUGGUGAUCAUAUAUCUUCCUGCGUCACCACUGAAGAACUUUUGACAAACUUUAAAAAACCGAAAAAUCGUCGAAACGGUGGUAACGCACGUCAUCAGAAGCAAAAUGCUUCUUUUGCCAAUAAUAUUACUGUAACAUCUAAUAAUGAGGUGAAAUCAAUACUGCAGUCACACUUUCAUGAUGAAAUGAUUGACACAACAGUUCGUUCAGAUGUUCCACUUUCUAAAACAAUGAAAAAGCAAAGCAGAAAAAAAGAAAAAACAGAAGGAAACGGAACGCGAGAUACACAGUCAAGCAAAACAAAAAAAAAAAUUUGACGUCUCAGGUUGAGACAAACACAUUAUAAGAAAGCCAUCAAGCAAAUUUGAACAAAUCUGUAGAAAGUGAAACUUCACUGGUUCCACAAAGAAAAGAUAAAUCAAUAACGGAUAAUUAUAAUACUAAUAAGAUUUCUUACGACACAAACCGCUAUAAAUACUCAAGAGUACAUCGUCAGGAAUAAUCAUUAAGACUUAAUUCAUUGUGGCUAUUAAUAAAAAGAAAAAAAUGCAUUAAAUCAAGGUUAAAACGACAAUAAAUUUAAUUGCUUUUCUUUUACGGUAUUUUUCUAUUUCUCAACAAAGAAUGGAAACACAUAAAAAGGGAUUUUACCGAUGUUUUUAACGUACAUGCUUG